AUGAUCUCAGCGUUGAUAGUUCAUCUUUCACUCGUUCUCGUUGUCACUCGAUCUCAAUCACCAGAAUGUGUAGAAAGCAAAACUCCUUCUCAACUCGUCGCCGUAACAGUUUGGUCUCGUGAGCGUAACGGAUCCACUUCCUUUCGGAUAUCGGACGAAGAUCUCACCGAUGAGGAUUAUCAAAGAGGGUCAAAGGAUCGACAGGAUAUUGUUGUGCUUCUUGCACGAUCGCCUGGUAGUUGUACGCUUGGACCGUGCACUCUUCAGCUGAGCACUAACUCAAGAGAAAGCGAUGGUGCUAUUGCUCAUCAAGAGAAUGUGUUCGGCAUCCCUUUCGGAUUCAAAGACCUGGACGAUUCAUUUUAUUGUGCUCGUCGAUUUGGUGAUUGUGGCGCACAGUUGCCAGUACUCCGGUUCACCCGCGGAUCAGGACCGUCUAUGACCUACGCAUACUCUCUCGAUCCCACCGCUUCGUUUCCUGGAUAUACACGCGAGGGAAAGAUUCUCUGCUAUGGAUGGAGUGACAGUGGAUCGGUAGUGCAUCCAAUCCUACCCGAUAGCAACGGCUGUCUUCACCUCAAUUCUAUAGCAAAUGGCAAAAUAACCUAUUCUACUGUGAAAUCCACUAUCUAUCCCAUCGGAACAACCGCAACACUUGCUUGCGAUGAUGGAUAUAUGGGCGGUGGACAAAGUGCUGUGCUAUGUGUCAGGUCCGGAUGGUAUCCAGCAAGUGGGCUUGGAUACUGUGUUCGGCAGAAUGUGACGCGAGUCAAUUCCGGUACAGCCCCGGCAGUCUCAUCCGCUUCUCUCGUAUGUGCGGCUUUAGGUCCAGUUUUGAAUGGACAACUGCUAUACAGCGGAAUUCCCGUAGGAGUGGUUUUCAUCUUGAAGGCAGAGUGCAAGGCGACGUUCGCAGAAAAUGGCGAUCCUCAGCUCUCUCCACUAGUAGCUAAGGCUCAGGAUGCAGCUUUAAAGGUACUCGUGCUACCGUGCUGUGCAAUCUUGGCUACGAACCUUUCGGAUCAGUUGACAGUAUUUGCGAAGGUAACCUACAGCUCUAUUGCUCCUUAUUCGCCGUCUACAACAGCGAAACUUUCUUGUGAUUUUGGUCGUACAAUUUCUGGCACCUCAUCGUUAGUGUGUACAGAAGACGGCUGGUCACCGGAGGCGUUCGGAGAAUGCAAACAACUCUCUUCUACGAGUUUCGGUUGCUCUGCCGUUACCGUUCCAUUCGGUACAACUGCGUAUAUCCAAGCAGAUCCUAGCGUACCGUACUCGUCAGGAACUUCUGUGUUUGUUAUGUGUAAUAUGGGUUACUCUUCCCAGGGCCCAAUGUCGGCUUUAUGUCAAAACGGUGUUUGGACUCCAACCCUGGGAACUUGCACAAUUUCACCACUUGGAGGUGGGAUAAACAACUCUAUCAUAGGAGUGAAUCCUGGAAAUUCCGUUGGAACAUGCCCAGCUUUAGCAACUCCCCUGUCAGGCACUGUCACAUACAAUCCACCUGGGACUUUCGGUUCCUAUCCCUCCGGUACGACCGCAAGUUUAUCGUGCAACCUUGGUUACACCGUCUCUGGAUCGUCUACAAGCACUUGUUCUAAUGGGGCAUGGAUUCCAGCAGUACUUGGUUACUGCAUACAAGGAUUAGGUGGAUUGGGAACAAAUAGUAUUCUGGAAUGUUCCAACCCAGUUGUUAUUAAUGGAAUGGUCACCUAUUCUCAAGGGAACGCCUUUGAUCCAGAUAAACCAUCUGGAACUAUUGCCACAUUGGCAUGCAAUCCAGGCUUUAGUCCAUCUGGUUCGACGACAGCAACCUGUCAGAGUGGUUCCUGGAUACCAACUCUUGGAAUGUGCAUCUCCUCUGGUGGCCUUUUUCCGGGCACUACCACCUCAGGACAGACUUGUACAGCUUUAUUCCCACCAAUUGGUGGCUCUAUCACAUAUUCCACUGGAAGCAUCAUGGGUCCGUUCAACUCUGGAACCGUGGCCACACUUCAAUGUACCAGUGGAUUUCCGCAGGGAGCUUCAUCCAGCUCUUGUACGAACGGCCAAUGGUCUCCGCCAACGCUGGGCACGUGUUCAUUCGGAACAGGAGGUUCUUCAGGCCUCACGUGUAGCGGGCUGCUCACUCCUAUUAGUGGUACACUCAUCUUUUCCGCUGCUGCACCUCCGUACCCUACUGGCACCACAGUUACUCUUCAGUGCUCAGCCGGAUCGACUCCUUCAGGUUCUACGAUGUCAACAUGCACCAAUGGUCAAUGGACUCCAACACUUGGAACGUGCUCCUCAACAUCAUUCCCUGGAGGAUCUGGAGGAUUGACAUGCAGUGCGAUGGCCACACCUUUCGGUGCAACUCUGUCCUACUCCAAUGGAAGCUUAUUUGGUCCCUUUAAUUCGGGAACUACAGUAACAAUGACGUGUCCAAGUGGUACUCCAUCCGGUUCAACAAUGGCCACAUGUACGAACGGCCAAUGGUAUCCGUCAACGCUUGGAACAUGUUCGUCCAGUAUUAUUGGGGGCGGAGUUGUCGGGAAUAAUGGUCAAUGUCCUACUCUUACGCCACCUCCUGGAGGAACGAUUACCAUGUCAAGUGGAUUACCCGGGAGUCCUGCUACACAGGGCACCAUCGCUACACUAACAUGUUCAAUGGGUAGCGUGCAAGGUACAUCGAGCGUAUUGUGCUCUAAUGGAGCUUGGACACCUCCUACACUUGGAACAUGCACCGGAUCCACAGGAAUUGGCGGAAGUGGAACUUCUUGCCAAAUCGCACCGCUGACCCCGUUUGGCGCAACUUUAUCUUAUUCAAAUUUUGCAAUUUUACCUCCUUUUCCUUCCGGUACAACUGUCACAGCCAGAUGUAUGAAUGGUACCCCGAUAACAGGUCUCACAUGUCCCUCAGUCCAGCAAAUUGGUGGUACGGUAGACUACAGUGAUGGCUCGUUCUCCACCGCCCAUCCUUCUGGAACUACAGCCACUUUGAUUUGCACCAAUGGUGUUCCUCUCGGAUCCGCUCUUUCCACUUGUCUGAACGGUCAAUGGGUCCCACCCAUUGGUACUUGUUCUACAACAGGGAUCAACUCGGGCAAUCAAUGCACUAUGGCGCCCAUAGCACCAAUCGGAGCUACUCUUAGCUAUUCAUCAGGAGGACUCUUUGGACCAUGGAACAAUGGAGCAACCGCAACCAUGACGUGUCCAUUUGGACAGACAGUGAUCGGUUCUGCAACCGCAAGCUGCAACAAUGGCGUAUGGUCCACGCUCGGCACCUGUUCAUCAUCCAGUGGUAACGGAACGUUUGGUGUGACACUGAUGCCGCAUGGCAACUCAUCGCUUCCUUGCUAUUUCGGAGUUUUGGAGCCACCUUAUGGAAAUGUUUCUUACACAUAUAAUGCACCACCGUACCCUUCUGGAACAAUUGCCACACUGCGAUGUGAUGCUGGUGCAGAGCUGGUCUUUGCCGAAUAUUUCUCUCAUAACUGCCUUCGUUUUUCAGCAUGCAGCCCAAAUAACAAGGUGUUAAAGGAAUUGUCAUUGAGUCCAGUUGUGUUGAUGGCGUCGUUCAUUCCUCCUAAACGUGCACGCAAUAAUGAGGGAACUAAAGCAACACUCGUAUGUGACAUCGGAUAUUCGGUCAGCGGUGCAAGUACUGCGACCUGUCAAAAUGGGCUAUGGACACCAUCAACGCUUGGCCAAUGCGUUUCUGGAUUAGUUCCAGGCUUGUCUAACAGCGUUAUCCCGGGUGGAACGACUUCACAGUGCUCCAUAGGAGUAUCUCCGGUAGCGAAUGGUUUGAUCAAUUACAGUAAUGAUAAACCGUUUGGCCCUUGGCCUGUAGGAUCGACGGCGACAUUGACGUGUAACUCUGGAUUUUUUCCGUCAGGGGUUACGAUAAGCACCUGUUCUGGGAAUGGGCAAUUUCUCCCUGCUGUUCUUGGUCCCUGCACUUCAACGUCUCCAAACGUUCCUACUCCCGGACUUACUUGCCCGGCUCUUCUCGCUGUUGGAGGAACGAUAUCGUACAGCAGCCCAGGACCUCCUUACGCUGAUGGUUCAACGGCAACAUUAUUUUGCGAUCUCGGAUACAAGCUCUCCGGCCUUCCUACCGUAGUCUGUAAGACGGGGGCAUGGACACCAUUUCCAGGUCUGGGUAGCUGCCUCUUGAGUACGCUUCAAAAACGACCCAUAGAUGCGCUCAUCGUUCAGCAUGACCUAAACGAAGAGAACGGGAAUUUUUGUCCUGCACCAGUUGCGUCACCAUUUGGGGAGGUCACUUUUUCUAAGACAUCGAAUUCGAGCGGUUUUCCACCCGGGACGACCGCAGCUUUACGUUGCACUAUGGGUCGGUACAUUGUUGGGCCUUCUUUUGCCACUUGUUCCCACGGUGCAUUCCGACCAAUUCUGGGCAAAUGUGCGGAUGGUAGAGAGGAUGCACAUCCUGGUGUAUGCCUUCCCUUAAGGCCUCCAGCUAACGGAAGAAUCACUUACAUUCAAUCUGGAAAGCUGGACAAUUUCGAGGUUGGAACGACCGCUCUGCUCUACUGUCUCGAAUCAUUUGCAGUAACAGGGCAAGCAACAGUGGUGUGUUCAAAAGAUGGAUGGCAACCGUCUAGCGGUUUAGGAGAAUGCGAGUCAACAACACGAAAACUUUAG